AUGACGCCGGGCAAGGACGACGAGAGGCGCAUCGCGAGGGCCAGAGCCAUGGCCCGGAAGCUCGAAGAGAACCCCAGGGUCAUGUACAUGGACGCCUCACUCCGAAAACACAGUGACCAUGCUGCGGUAGUGGUUACCUCCAUUGACAGGCUAAUCAUCAGCGCAUCUCUGAGGACAAAGGACCCUGCAAUUGCCGAGGAAGCGGCUGUGGCACUCACACUCGUAGCAGGCAACAUCAUUGCCGACUAUCAUGCCCGAGAAAUAUCAAUCCGGGCCGAGCCUGAGCAGGAAGAGCUACCAAACCCGGUUACCAGCUUUCAGGACAUUACCCAGAUGUACGGAGAGGGAAGGAGCACCCUUUUGCUCCACGUCGUUCUACACCAUCGCUGUGACGCACCAGAGAGGGCUCCCCUGCUCGCCCUGCCGAAAGCGGCUGCGCCCUGCCGAAAGCGGCCUUUUCUACCUCCGUGGGCUGCAUCGAGGGACGGCGCCGGGCGACGUAAGCCGUCCUUGUCCCCUGAGAUUGUCCUUAACGUGGAUCAAGUGCUUGGCUUUGACAACACGGGCCCAACCACUGGCACCAUGGCCUACAACGAAGAUGCAGGACUAUGCGGAUCACUCCCCACAGAGAUCCUGUGCCGCAUCUUCUCAUACCUGGAUGUUUCCGACAGGCUAGCAGCGGGAAUGACGUGUAAAACGUGGUACACGUCAGCCGUCGACAGCCGAAUAUACAAAGACACAGUAGUCACGCUGGAGAAAAAUGUCAAAGAGAGGAUGCUAGUGCUUUUGCACUCCAACUCAAUCGUGACUCGCUUGGUUAUCAAGAACUGUGCGCUAGACACGGAUGCCGAGUUUUGGCAGAAAGUAGGGCAUACGCUCAAGAGCCUGGAAUUGAUACAUUGCUCGAUCUGCUGGACAGACUUCGUUUCGGUACUUGAGAAAUGUCGAAGGCUGGUACACCUAGCAGUCAUUCAUUGUGACAAACUGGAGUCAAUUGGCGAGCCCGGCAUUGCUGACCACGCUCCGCAUAAUUUUUUUUUGCGUGAGACGUCCGGCAUCAUUUCAGUAGAUCUUUCAAAUACUUACCUCACAGAUGCGGUUUUCCACGAAAUAAUGACUGUGACAGGAAAAGUGCGCGCCCUGUCAUUGGAAGGCUGCCGGCUCAGCGUGCACGACGCGGUGCACCGACGUUUUUACCCGCCUGGGCAAGUGCACAGCCCACUAGUGUUCACCCUGCAAGAAGUGUUGAAAACAAUAGAAAACGCACCAAUUCAAGUACUGAACCUGAGCCGAACCAUAAUCGACAAUAGAUGUAUCGCUAAGCUUUCUGCCACCUUUUCGAAGACUCUGCGAGAGUUCCACGCAGCUUCCUGUGUCCUGUCAGGAGUGCAGGGCGUGACAGCUUUAUGCACCAAUACACCCAAGCUGACGUGCUUGAAUCUCGGAUCCAACCCACUGCUUGGUGACGACUGUCUGGAAAUCGUGUGCGAAAGUCUUAGGGCACUUGAACAACUGGACAUGUCCAAUUGCACUGUAAGUUCCAUGGGAUUCGCUAACUUAGUGCACCUAAAGAAACUUCAGUGCGCCGAUUUCUCAAAUUGUAUUCUCAGUGAAGAAGGAACUGUGGUGCGGUUCCUUUCCUCCAGGCCAUGGCCAGACAUACAAGCUUUGAACAUCAGCUCUUGCAGAAUAGCAGCAAACGUGGUAAAGUGCCUGAGUGAGCAUAUGCCGACACUCGUAUCCCUUGACGUGUCCCACACGAUGCUACUUACUGAUGAGGCAGUGCGAGCUAUCUGGACCCACCUGCGCCUCCUCAGAGUGCUGCGUAUGGGACGUUGUCCAAGUCUCACUAACGCCGCCUUGCACCAUCCAAGCAACAUGAAAUCGGGCCUGCCCACCUCCAUGGCUAGCCUCGGCGGUCUCAAAGAGCUAUGCCUUGGAGGCUGCUCCCUCAUUUCCGACGCAGGCGUGCUGGCCGCAAUGUUCUUUCGUGAACUGGCGUUUCUGGACCUCGGGCACUGCCCCCUUCUCACGUCUGCGUCGCUGAAACACAUUGCCUUGCACUGCCCCAGCCUGUCGAAGUUAGUUCUGCGCUGCUGCGUGCAGUUGGAUGAUGACUCGCUGACACCGGUCCUCAGGCCUUCAUCGAGGCUAAGGCAACUCGACAUAGGAGGAUGCAGAUACGUCACCGACGGAACACUUCUUCGUGUAGCACAGUGCCCGUCGCUGAAGUACGUGAACGUUACAUCGUGCAUGGUGACUCAAGAUGCAGUACAACACCUACAACUGGAGCGACCAGAUCUUGAAGUGGAUCACUCUGUGGAAUGAGCGAAGGAGACUGCGUGUUUUUUUUAACUCCAUUAUUUUUUGUCUUGCUAUGCGAGGUAGAACUUGAACGAAUUGACCUGGCACGAACAUGUCACGACGCUCUCCGUUCUCAAAGACUUGCGUCUCUGCUGGUUCAUCGAGAAUCGUUACUCUUGUGACUCUUAUAUCAUUCUAAGGUGAAUAUGCGUGGUUGGUUUGCUUUACGCGCAUGUCGCGCGCACGCACAUUUGCGCUCAAGCAGAAGCCAAACGGAACACACAGUUGUCAUUUGUUAUGACACAGCAUUGUGAAGUUGAACACUAGAAGCACUACAAGACGGGAGACUAUUCCGGGACGAUCUGUUCAAUUUUGAUGAGUGUAUGUCGUUAUGACUGCAAGAGUUCGAGAAUUUAAUGACAUCUGUCGGAAAGCUCAUGGUAAACUCACAAUGCUAAAAAAAAAACUGAGUUGAGCACCAACAUCCGUCUAACUAAAAGCAUAUAAAUGUUCAGUGUGACCUAGCCUAGAGUAUGCGGAUUCAAUUUGGAGGUCACACCAGAAAUAUAUAAUUGAUAAACUGGAACGAAUACUACGACAAGCGGUUCGCUUUUUCUGAAUAUUAAGGGAGGAGCAGCGUUAGCCCUUUGAUUCUGGAAGCUAACCUACAGACGCUAGGUCAAGGCAGGCUAAUAUCGAGGUCGAAGUUUCUUUAUCUCUAUUAUGGCUGCUUCAGAAUAAAUCGCUCUACAUGCUAACAUUCUCUCACAAGACUGUAUUUUCGAGCGGGUCACAGUAAAAUGUUGAGACAAUAUAUAAGCCGCAUAAACUCACGCAAGCAGUCAUUAUUUCCAGCUGCCAUUGACUGUUGGAAUAAAUUACCCGAAACUGUG